AUGUCGGAGUCUGAGAUAUCCGAGUUGCGCCGACGCCUGGCAGAAACUGAACAACAAUUAAGCGAAGAAAGGCUCCAGAGUCGACAGGCUAAACAGCGAGAGGUUGAGGCGAAACAGCGAGAGGUUGAGGCGAAACAGCGCGAGGUUGAGGCGAAACAGCGCGAGGUUGAGGCGAAACAGCAAACUCAAGAAACCACUCUUCCCGAGUUCCUCGACGCUUGCCAUGUUCACUUAUUUCUUGGUCUGGCUAUACAGCCAAACCCGGACUCGUCAACUAAAGGCGAUCCAGCAAAUGCAAAUAAAAAGCUUCGCCCAGCUAAGAUAUGCGAGUGGAUGGGGUUUCCUCUGGAGCAGACAGCUAUAUGGACAGAUCUCAUGGACAUCGAUUUUGUCACCCAACGCCACUUUUCGCCCCUAAUUGUGCUGGAGCGAAAUGGGAAAGAGGUGCGACAAAAAAUGUUGAGCUCAGAGCUCGAUCUCGGUCAUUUUGAACGGUCUACGAUCGAGUUUCGUGUCGCCGAGGUCAUUAAACAACUCUUUGCAAGCCCUCAGCUCCGACAAGUCUUUCGCCUUAAUGGAGAUGUAACGUUCGAAAAUCAUGCGAAUACAUUGACGGACGAAUCAAAUAUAGUGGAUAAUAUGGGGUCCCUGAGCUUGGCACAGGAACAACCGCGUCGCUCAGGGAGAUUGGCCGCGAAACAGUCCCAUAGGUUCCAAUUACCACUUCCAGCCCAGUCAGUUGUGAAAGACAAAGGACCUGCGCUGCAAGUGCCUUCUCGACCCAGAGCAGACCAGUUUUGUGUGUACAACAAAGGCCCCGAGGAAAAGGUUCCCGCCUUCAUUGUCGAAUACAAAGCGCCGCAUAAGCUCAAGCUCGCUCAUAUAAAGGCUGGACUUAUGGACAUGGAGCUCGACGAAGUGGUUCAUUAUCGGGAAGUUGAAACGCCAGAAGAUACUUGCCGGCGCCUCGUGGCUGCGGUCAUCACACAGGCGUUUUCCUACAUGAUCAAUGGAGGACUGGAGUAUGGAUAUGUGUGUACAGGCGAAGCAUUUAUAUUUCUUCGUGUUCCACACGAUGAUCCUUCCACUGUAUACUAUUAUCUAUCGGUGCCGAAAGAAGACGUUGGGGAUACAACUGGAUGGACCGGUAACCCCAAUGAUGAUAACAGAUUACACUUGACAGCACUCGGCCAGGUGUUGGCCUUCACUCUCCGAGCUUUGCGAACACCGCAGCGGGGUAUUCAGUGGAGGAACUGGGCGGUGGGAAAACUAGACAUAUGGGAAAUUAUAUACGACGGCAUUUGGGACGAUAUAUCGGAAUUGGACGUGCCAUCUUCGGUAUUCAAGUCCCCGCAGAGCAGAAGCAAAUACUGUCGCGUGUCUCCUGUCAAGACACGAUCGAAGUCUACUGAUGCAGGUUUCGCAUCCUGUACUCCGUUGAGGGCUCUGAAUUCGUCCGAGUCUGAUGAUUCUCCCGACGAAUCUGACUCAAAUACCCCCAGUCGAAGGCCCCGGGUUUCCCGCGGCACUAAAUUUUCAGCCUUGCCAUCAUCAUCAUCGACUGCAACAAUGUCACGAGAAGGCUCUCACUCAAAGGGAAAGUCUCGCCAGUAUUGUACGCAACGGUGCCUCUUAGGCUUGGCCACAAGAGGGACAUUGGAUCAGAAAUGCCCCAAUGUGCUGGAGCACGGGGUUGACCGACAUUCAAUCAGUCAGGCGACACUCAUUCGUCUCUUGGAUCGGCAACUCUCGGGGCAUGACCCACAGCCUGACGUGGAGUUAGGAUGUGAGUCCUUGCAUAUUCAUGGCACACGCGGUGCCCUUUUUAAAGUGACCUUGUUAUCUCAUGGGUAUACUUUCGUUGGCAAAGGUGUGCCCAUCGAAUUUGUUGAGCACGUCAAACAUGAGGAAGGCGUGUAUUUGCGUCUUCGUCCAAUACAAGGGGUGCACGUGCCGGUUCUACUAGGUGGCCUGGCUCUCCGUCGACCAUUUUCUUACGAUGGCAUCGCGGAGAUUGUGCAUCUGAUGUUGAUGGGGUAUGCGGGCAGGACGCUGGCCAAACGACAUGAAAUUGAACAAAAUUGGUUAAUUCGACAAGCCGAGGCCUCGCUACAUGCUAUUCACAGAUUAGGCGUACUCCACAGUGAUCCGAUCCCCGGGAACAUGGUCUGGAAUGAGGACAGUGAGCGGGUAAUGUACAUUGACUUUGAGCGGGCGCAGUUCCAAGAAGCACGACCUCCACUGGAAUCUAUGUCGCCAAAUCAAAAACGCAAGCAAGCGACGGACGCAUGGGAAAAGACCCCUAAUAAACGCUCUAAUUGCUUUGAGCGUGAAACCCGACGCAUGAGGCAUGGCUUACGAUGGUAA